GUGGAUUUUGUAGAACAUUCUGGAUUCGAUUCUCUGAAUAGUUAUAGUGUUUGUACUUUCUAGUGGAAAUUACUUACUAAGUCAGGAUAUUAGUUCGUAGGUUUGGGUCUCAAACGACUAUUUUUUUUAAAGAUCUCAGGGGCGACACGAAGGGUCGUCAUCAUCAUCAACGUCAUCCUCCACCUCCUCCUCCUCCUCAGCUGGACACUCGAGCUGUCGAUCCGAAUCUCACUAGCCAAUAAUUGUAAAUCGCUGUUAAGCCCCGCACAUACAUGAGAUUUGUACCAGAAUGGCAAACGUAAACUUGCGGAGUGUAAACAAAAAAGUUUGAAGGCGUAAAUGAAAACUCUGGCAGCACAUUCAUAAACCAUGAUUAGUGAAAACGAAGCUUAGAAAACUGUUAACAAAGAAUGCUGUUUAAUUGAAGAGCAUGUUCAUUUUUUUUUUUUUUUUUUGCCAUUGAGUUCAAUGUUUUCAGUUUCAGGGGUUUUUACUUCUUUCUCAUUGUAUGUUUUUGUUCGUGAAAAGUUACAUUCAAUACUUUUGCCACAAAUUUAAUUCCAUAUGCUUUUGAGACUUGAGAAACGCAGCUGAGCAACGGAGGGUGAAAUGUUACAUAAAUAAAUAGCCUUUUUGCACUACGUGCGCAGUUACAGGAGAUUCGCGUCCAGUUCUCUUACUACGUUUCCCGACAGCCUUUGCGCCGAGCUGCCGUAAAGCGACGCUGUUAUGGUCCGACGGUGACGUUUGCAAAUCUGGCGUUUGUGCUUAUCGCAGUGUUGUAUUUAGCUGGGAGUGCCUCUAAUGGGAGUGGGUUUUAGCAAGUGUAUUCUCAGUACACGUCAACGUGUAACCUGCAGAAACGGAUAUAUAACCGUUGGUACACUGGACUGACACGUUGGACGGCUGUUUCGAGUUUCACGCAUCUUCGAAUCGAUCAAAAUUCCUUCUCGGGGCCUAGUGGAAGAAGUGGAUCCUCGGGCUAAGCUGCGCACUCUGACCGGGAUGACAGGACAUGCUGCCGGGGAGAGCUGCUGAUGUCUUACGUUAAUCUUGCCCACAAGAGGGCAAGCAUCUGAACUCAGAGAGGUUGCUUAAAAACUGAUCGACUGUCAUCUGAUGAAAGAAUUAAACAACAUUUUAGGAAACAUACUGAGGGGCAAAGUUCUUGCUAGCUAGCUGGCUAACCAAGUUAGCAGGCUAAAAAGUGGCUUGAGUCAUAGCCAGAAAUGACCGUUUGUUUUUUAGGAAACGUACGUGGGUUUCUGAUGAGGCUGCCCUGCUGUUUAUGGAUGUCACUUCUAUUUCCUCCCGACCCUGUUGAUCCCUGUUGCACUUGAGGCUCCGAUCGACACACGCUUACGACUGAAAUCAAGUCAAACCUGCCAAACAUGAACCGAUAUCUGCCAGUGGCACGGCAGCACUUCCUGACUGCUCUAGCCAGCACGAGUGUGGUGGUGAAAUGUAUAUGUGUCACCGUGUUUGUGCUUUACCUCAUCUCGUGGCUGGUGGACACACGCGAGGCUCUCGGAAUCACCCCCGGAUACCUUUUUCCUCCUAACGUUUGGAUCUGGACUCUGUUGACACACUGCGUGGUGGAGCAGCAUGUGUGGGACGUAGCACUGAAUGUGGCCACAGUGAUCAUUGCAGGGAGAAUGCUGGAGCCUCUAUGGGGUGCUCUGGAGUUACUUGUCUUCUUCUUAGUGGUGAACGUUGCUGCCGGUUUGCUUUCGGGCCUCUCCUACAUUUUCGCCUACGCUGCCACCGUUGACCUACGCUACCUGUUUGCUGUACACAUCAGCGGUGCGCCCACAUUUCUCGGUGCCGUCCUGGUGGCACUAAAGCAGACAUCAGGCGACACGACUGUGCUUCGAGUGCCUCAGAUUCGUCUGAAGGCAGCUCCAGCACUGCUUCUGCUAGCAUUAGCUAUCUUGCGGUUAGCUGGGCUGCUGGAAAGCUCCGCACCAUUAGUGGGGUGCAGCUUUGGUGCAUUAGCAGGCUGGGUAUACUUGCGCUUCUACCAAAGGCACAGUCGUGGGCGCGGUGACAUGUCGGACCACUUUGCCUUCGCCUCCUUCUUCCCAGAGGCACUUCAGCCAGCAGUGGGCCUCAUCGCCAGCCUGGUGCAUGCUGCCCUUGUCAAGCUUAAGGUGUGCCGCAAGAUGGUGAAGCGCUACGAUGUCGGCGCACCGUCAUCCAUCACGAUCAGCCUGCCUGGCACAGACCCACAGGACGCUGAAAGGAGACGGCAGCUGGCGCUGAAAGCUCUGAAUGAACGUCUAAAGCGAGUGGAGGACCAGUCUGCUUGGCCCAGCAUGGAGGACGAGGAAGACAACGACGAAGACGAAGUUCGGACAGACGCACCCUUGCUCCCGACCCGUGACUCCUCGCCGCCAGCUUCCAGCACUACCCAGAAUUCCACAGGGCAAGAGUCGAGCAUCAUAAGCUUUGAAGACGCCCCCACUCACUCCUAACACACACGCACACAAACACACAUGUACAUGAGUACAUGAACCGUUGAGUUCAGCCCCUCUGAGUCUGACACGAUCACAACACCUGCUGAAGAGGCGGUGAUGAUUUACCCUCGAGAGCAAGACGGCUCGCCGUAGAUAGUUUAUAAAUCUUGAUCAGUUCUAAUAAACGCUCUUCUACAAACAAGCUUACAGGUACACUGAUAUGUUCAGUUUAGACGUUGUACAGAUGAACUUUUCUGAAAGUGUGCAUCUGUGGCACUUUUUUUUUCUGCAAUGUACAAACAAGAUAUUCACAUCUGUGUGUGUGUUUGUAUUUGUAUGUGUGUUUGUUCGGAAUAAAUGCUUCAGCUGCUGCUGGGACAUA